AUGGCAUUCAAAAUGUUUGCAUUCUGUACUGUCCAGCUAGUACUGUCAGUGUUGUUCCGAACGGUCGCGACAGACAACAUUCUGUUCCUUCAAUCACUCGAUUCCAAAAGUCAUCACAUCUGGAACAAGCAAAUUUUCGAUCGGCUCUACGAGAAUGGGCACAAUCUUACAAUUAUCUCCUUCCAAGAGGAAACAUCGAUACCCGGUAAGACUUUUCUGGUGGUGAAAGAUUUCAUGAAGAAAGUGAUGGCAGAGCUUUCCCAGGACUGGGACUUCUCGAAUCUACGUAGUCCACUAAAAAACAUCAAAGCUAUGUAUGAUUACUACAAUACCGGUAGCCGGAUUCUGGCAAAGGAUGACACCGUCCACCGAUUGCUGGCGUAUCCCAAAACGUUCAAGUUUGAUUUGGUGAUUCACGAUCUUACGAUGGGACAAUUUUUGCUCGGAUUCGUUGAUUACUUUGGCAACCCUCCGCUGGUGUCCGUUUCUGCCUUCAACAUCCCUCCUCACGUUAUCACCAUGGCGGACGCUCCGCUACGAACCACUCACAUGCCCCACUAUGCAUCGACGUAUGGCCCUCAGAUGGAUUUCAUCGAACGGGUUAAGAACACCCUGUACUGGGGCUUCGAUAUCUUCUACCGCAAUCGCGUUUACUUGGCCAAUGAAGACCGACGGUCGAAACGACUUUUCGGUGAGCAGACGGCCUCAGUUGGACACAUUGAAAAGCGCUCCGAUGUGAUACUGGUCAACAGCGAUUUCAGCAUGGAACACUUUCGGGCCUUGCCACCGAACGUGAUCCCAGUGGGAGGAUUACACGUGUCCCGCCGGGAGGAAGUUCCACCCAUCAUUAAGCAGUUCAUUGCCCGGGCCAUUAAAGGUGUUAUACUGCUCAGUUUCGGAACCAACAUCGACGGCGGUAUGUUGGGAGAGCAACUGAACAGAGACAUAUUCAACGUGUUCCGCAGUAUGCCCGACUACGGAUUCAUUUGGAAACAUGGAAAUCCGGAAAAACUAGACGUAUUUCCUGCGAACGUUCUCCCCCUGAAAUGGGUUCCGCAGUCGGCAAUUCUGUCCAACCAGAGGACAAAACUUCUAAUCAGCCAUGGAGGUUUGUUAAGUUUACAGGAAGCGUCCUGGCAUGGAGUUCCGGUGGUGGCCCUACCGCUUUUUGUCGAUCAGUUCAGCAAUGCGGAAAAACUUGUUAAGGCGGGAGUUGGUCUGAGUUUGCCUCUAACCGAAAUCAACGAAACUAAUCUUCGGGAGUGUAUUGUUCGAAUUUUACAGGAACCCAGCUACUACGAAAAAAUGAAGAAACGCUCGUACCACUUCAAAGGUCAACCGGAGCACCCGUUGGAUAGGGCGAUAUUCUGGAUAGAAAAAGUACUGGAAAAUAAAGGACUCAGCUAUCUUCGUUCUCCGGCGCUUGAUAUGAAUGUGUUCCAGAUCUAUGGCUUAGACAUGAUUGGAGUGGUUCUGUUGGUGGCCUUCUGUUAUUAUUUACUUGUGAGGAGACAUUUUGGGAAGAAAAAACCCAUACAAGAUAAGAAAUCUAAGAAAGAAUGAGAAGGUUUUGCGUCAAACUCUACAUAAGUCUAAAUCGACUUUCUUCAUUUAAUUGUAAUUAAAUUGUUUUGAUUGACUAAGAAUUGUACUGAACGGAAUUACAUUGUAGAUCAAAAGGA